AUGAAGAGCUAUAUACAAUGCGCCUUGUUAAUAGGAACACUAUGUGUUUGCGCAUGCUCGGCAACACAUACCUCCAACUGGGCCGUCCUCGUCUCAACCUCCCGCUUCUGGUUCAACUACCGCCAUCUCGCAAAUACACUCUCGCUUUACCGCACUGUGAAACGGCUCGGAAUCCCCGACAGUCAGAUUAUCCUCAUGCUGCCUGAUGAUAUGGCGUGCAACCCUCGCAACUCGUUUCCUGGCAGUGUCUUCAACGACAAGUCCCGCGACUUGGAUCUCUACGACGCCAUGGGAAGUGGUAUCGAGGUGGAUUACAGGGGGUAUGAGGUUACGGUGGAGAACUUCAUCAGGCUUCUCACAGACAGGUGGCCGGAGAGUUGGCCGAGGAGUAAAAGGUUGAUGACGGAUGAUAGGAGUAACAUUUUGAUCUACAUGACUGGACACGGAGGAGAUGAGUUUUUGAAGUUUCAGGAUGCAGAGGAGAUUUCUUCGCAUGAUUUGGCGGAUGCCUUUGAGCAGAUGUGGGAGAAGAAGAGAUACAACGAGCUGCUCUUCAUGAUCGACACUUGCCAGGCAAACACAAUGUACGGACAAUUCUACACGCCAAACAUCAUCGCGACUGGCUCGUCGGCGCUCCAUCAAUCUUCGUAUUCGCAUCACGCAGAUCAAGAUGUCGGGGUUGCAGUCAUCGACCGCUGGACCUACUACAACCUCGAGUUCUUGGAAGAGCAAAUCAGCUCUACAAGCAGCAACGUCACUCUGGGACAACUCUUCGACUCCUAUGAUCCCGUCAAAGUCCACUCAGAUGCUGGCAUUCGCUAUGAUCUCUUUACUGGAGGAGAGCAAGAAGCAAGAAACAGAAAAGUCGUUGAUUUCUUCGGCAACGUACAAGGCGUUGAGGUGCAUGAUACAAAGAGUGGGGAGGAGUCACUUGCAGAGUGGAAGGCCGACCUUGAGGCUUUGAAGGCUUUGAUGGACAAGUCGAGGCACUUGAUCAAAGAGCUGAAUAACGUGACUACCGACGUCGAUUAUGCCGAAGCCACCGUCUCUCCCUCUCAGGCAGAAGAACACGCUUUUGGAACUGCUAAACUGCUGCAUCAACCAUCUACACUGAGCAAACAAGCCAUCGGCGGUGUCGCUCUUCUCGCCCUCGGUGCUCUCUACACACUCAGCGCCGUCCUCGAUUGA